AUGGGAGAAGGCGAAAGGCGUUGCAUCCCUCGCGCAGUCACAGCAGGCCGGGAGAAGCCGAAGGGCGCGCUAUUCCCCCGCGCAACGUCAGACAACGAGCUGGAAGACAUCGGAGGGCGCCCCGUCACUGACGCAGCGUCAGACAGCGCGCUGGGAGAGACCGACGGGCGUCAUAUCCGUUACGCAGCGUCAGACAGCGAGCUGGGAGAAGCCGACGGGCGGUUCAUUUCGCGCAGCGUUAGACAGCGAGCUGGGAGAAACCGACAGGAGACCGUGCAGUCGCGCGCCCGCAUGGGCGCAAUGGUGGUGUACGACGGGUGGACCUCCACUGAUGCCGCGGUCCAGGAGUUGGGCUACGAGCGCCCCCCGCCCGUCCGCCACGAGGGGAACGCGCGCCGCGACAAAGAGACGGGCUUCCACACUAACGACGCUGAGAGCGAGAAUUCCAGGCUGAAGGCGUGGAUCCGCUCGCGGCACGGGAAGCUGAACAUCGCCCCAGGCGACGUGGACGAAUGCAUCUACUACAUCAGCAUGGGCAGCGGCGUAGGCAAAUUCCUGGAUGGUCUGGCGCACUCGAUUGAUUUCGCCGCGAAGAAUCAGCUUUUCGGAUGA